AUGUCCAUGGUUGAUUCCAAAUGGAUGGACAGCUUUGUGGCUCCAAAAUAUGCAAGAUUUAACGAUCAACGCAAUGAAGAUGGUGAAGCUGACGUAACGAAAGAUAACAAUUAUGGGUAUAGUGAGCAAGGAAUGAAAGAUUUGGAUGAGGUUGGAUCCUUGGUCGGUGGAGGAGAUUCUGAUCUAUUGGGAAUUCUACGGCCCUAUUAUUCAGUUGUGGACAUGUCGGCAAAUGGAAAUAAGCAAGGAAUGGGAUCAUAUCUGCACGUGUUACCCGACUCUUCUGAGAGUGAUGAACCUGUUUACUCACUAGGAGCAUCAUUCUUUGGUGGAAUUGAACCUGCUGGAACGAAAAUGGGAUAUAUGACUCGUCCGUUUGGAUAA